AUGGAAAGUGAUCCUCUGUACGAGUACAGUGACGAUUAUGAUGAAAUAUGUCACAAAGAAACUGUGGCCAAAGUUGGAUCCAUUGCAGUUCCUUUGUUCUUUUCCAUUGUGGUCGUCUUCAGUCUCAUUGGUAACAUACUGGUUCUUGUCAUUCUUGGCCUCUACGAGAACCUCAGAUCACUGACCAACAUCUUCAUCCUCAACUUGGCUGUCUCUGACCUGAUGUUCACUCUGGGACUUCCAUUUUGGUCCUCUUACUACAUCUGGGCCUGGACCUUUGGUGAUGCAGUGUGCAAAGGGGUCAAUUUCGUCUUCUCAGCUGGAUAUUACAGUAGCAUUGUGUUCCAGAUGCUGAUGACCAUUCAGCGCUAUGCAGCAGUGGUCUAUCCUUUGUCUAAAUGGGAGGGAGGACAGAGGUUUGCAGUUGUUUCCAUCGUUGCCUGGAUGGUGAGCUUUUUAGCAGCAAUACCAGCCGUGCUGUACAGUGAAGUCAUGUCUGACCCAGAAGACCCUAACAAACUUUACUGUUGGAGUUACAGAAAAGAACUACAGGUGGACAUUACUGCACCAGAGGGGGCGCAGGAGCAGUGAAGCUUGAGGAAUCCAUACCAAUCCAUUAAAUC